GUCCCAGCGUUAGAGAUUUUCUGACGAACGUUUGUCCACAGGUCUGGUUCUCAAAACCUUGUAUUAAAUGGAGGCCUAAACCAAGAGGUUGUCAGUAACCGUAUUGUUCUCGCAAGGCAUACAUUUAGUAGACAUUUAAUUUGUACACAUUUUCAUACGUAUUUUUAACCAUUCACACGCCCUGAAGAAUUUUUACACCACUAUUGUGGAAAGUGGGUUUCCGUGAAAAUUAGCUGCUGUACGGACGAUUUGAUUUAGAACACAAGACUUCUCAAGAAUACCACCGUUUUUGGGGGGGAAAUUUGGGGCUACCUGAAAUUCGCGUGUCCCUCGAAAAUGAUACCGAAUUCAGACUUUUAUGUUAGACUUCUUUGGUGUUUCACAGGUGUCAUGGUUUGUCAUGCUCAGGAAGAGUGUGGUCAACCACCCAUGGGAAACAGGAUUGUGGGUGGAGUAGAUGCAUCAAUGGGGGCAUGGCCGUGGCAAGUGGAUAUUCAGACAGCGAAGGAUGGCCAUAUCUGUGGAGGCACCAUCAUCACUAAGGACUGGGUGCUGUCUGCUGCCCACUGCUUCCCAAAUCCGUUCGACGUGUCGGGCUACACCCUCUAUGUUGGCCGUCACCGGCUCAACAGCUGGAACCCUAACGAGAUAUCAUACCUCGUGGAGCGCGUCGUGAUCCCGUCCGGCUACUCGGACCCAAGUUUGGGACAGGACAUGGCCUUGGUGCAGCUGCAGAGACCCAUCGUCUGGUCGGCGUAUGUCCAUCCUGUUUGUCUUCCUGACGCCGGGACACUGUUCCCCGGGGACCUUCCCUGCUACAUCACAGGCUGGGGAAACAUCCGCGACGGGGUCCCUCUGAGUGGAGUGGGAACACUGCAGCAAGUGCAGGUGCCAAUCAUCUCGUCGUCUUCCUGUCAGAUGAUGUAUGACCUUAACCCAUCGGAGAAAGUGGACAUCCGUUCUGACAUGGUGUGUGCCGGUUAUCAAGAGGGGGGCAAGGACUCCUGUCAGGGGGACUCUGGAGGACCCCUGGUCUGCCAGAUGGUAAACGGAACCUGGGUGCAGGCUGGGGUGGUGAGUUUUGGCCUGGGCUGUGCCCAUGCCAACAACCCCGGCGUCUACGCCAAGGUGUCCACCUUCUCCAGCUUCAUCCAAAGCAACAUACCAGAGAUCAGUCUGUAUGGCCGGGCCGGUCCCAACUGGACCAGCUCCCUGACAGUGCUGGCUAGCUCCCUGGCCACUUUACUGAUGGGCCAGCUGCUAAGAUAGGGCUUCCUAAAAGAGCCAGAUCUUGAAGGGACAUUCAAUGUAAUUUGACAUGAACCUGGUUUUACACUUAACUUGGCUGUAGUAGAUUACUGUUUUGGGUAAUAUUCUGCUUAAUUUUUUAUUUACCAUAUUAAUAACAUGCCAAAACAACUUUUUGACCAAACUGACUCAAAAUAUCACCACUUAUUUCCCACGUAAGCAGAAAUUCCGCCUUUCUGGUUCAAGAUGCGUGUAAAACCAGGUAAAUGUGUCAAAUUUCAAAGGAAUUUUGCCCUAAAGGAAAGGGCUGAACCUGUGGUGGCAAACUAUACUACGUUUUAAUGAUAAGAUAUGUAUAUGCAACUCCUAACAAAUUCAAGUGAUUCUGAAUAUACAAGAUAUCGCUAAUCAGCAGAUAAAACGGUGAUAUUAUGGGUAUUUAGAACUAAUGAAAUGUAAAGCCAUGUUUGUCAAUCUAUUUUAGCUCACAUUUUAACAUGUCAUGUAACAUCAAGCUUCAAGUUUCUUAUAAUUUUGAAUGAAUGUAAAUAAAUGAUUACAAAUGUCA